AUGCGCCAGCCUGAGCUUUGCAAGUACACGCGGCACACCCCAGUGCUGGACUUGGUCAAUGCUGCAGGCUGGGAACGAUUUUGUCGUGUUGCAACUGUGCCUGGGAACCCCUUAGAUGAAAGGCAUCACUGCAUCGUGCUUCAGUACGGGGGCGCUUCCAAGUCUCCCACAUUCCGUGAGGCAUUCAUCUACUUCAUCUUCCUCUACGCCACUCUGUCCGAGGCAAUCUCCGAAGACCAGAGUCGUUUGCGACUCCUUCGGCAGGAAGCGGAGAAUCAACGCUCAAGUGGCUGGCGCGGUGUUGAAGUUCAAGGAACUGGAGCCAUUGCGCCCUUGGUCAGUUCCAGAGGUGUUAGUGAAAUCCAACUCCAUGACGUGAACGCCACUGUAGAUGAAGGUUUAUCAGAAGUUGCUUUGGCAGCCCGUUCUGGUUUCGACGUUCCUGAGUGCAGGAGGAUUCUGCAGAAGGUUCGUUCCCUACUUGCAGCGCAGCAGAACCAAGUUCUCAACGAAGGCCUGUCUGUGACACAGAGAUUCCAUCUACCUGUUGUGAACGACUCCCUCACCAAAUUGGAGGAUGGAAAUGCAACAGAGGAGUCUCUGGAUCUCAUCGUGGCGGCUCUUGGGAACCUCACGCUGAAGAGUGCAUUGCAGACUGGCAGCGUGUGGACGGCUUCAGAUCAAAGUCAAUUCUUCUACUCGUGCUUUCCUGGCCUCACGCCUGUCAAAGAACUGGAGGAGCACAACUUCUUUGGGGACAUCGAGACCCGGCCCUACGAGGACCCAACUGUUUCACUUUCCAAUGACUCCCGCGAAGAGCUGCACGAAGUCCGUUACUGCUUCAGACUGGGGACUGGUACCAGUGCGAAGAUAGCUUUUGUGGCUGCAACAAGGCACAUAGAAGAGCAGGUUCCGUGCCUUCGCUUCACAUCAGUAAAGCCAAAGCAGACCCUGGACGGAUGCACAGUUCCAGCUAUCGAGGUCCGAGAUGAAAAUACCGGAUGCUGGUCGGCGUAUAAGAAGGAUUCGGGCAACAAGAGCGCCAGUACCAUUACGCUCCUCAACCUCGGACGAGGCUGUGAGAUGAAGGGCAUGGUGAUUCACCAGCUCUUUAAGGUCCUUGGUAUCCGGAAAGAAUCCAGCCGAAUCGAUCGCGAUAAGGAAGCACCUCCCCCUUUGGAAGCCUACGAGAAGGAUCCGUUUGACUUCUUGAGCAUCAACAUGUAUCCUGCCCAGGCCUUCACCAACGGCACUGGCAACUCCAUGGAGCCUCUCCACGACCCUUUUCUAGCCGGAUUCCUGGGUCAACGACUUGGCUUAUCCGAGCUGGAUGUGGAAGCCUUGGGGGAUUUGUAUGGGUGUCCUCAAAGGAUUGCCCCAAGCAGCCGCACACGGGUCCUGGCAGAACUUUUCUUGGAUGGACGUGGGAUGCACUAUGAUGGAACCUGCAUUGACGACCCUGAAGCAGCAACCAACUUGACGCUUCUCCUGCAUGAGGAGUAUCACAGUUGUGCCGGGAUCUCAAGCCAUUGUGCAGAUCCACGAGUUGCAAAGACGUGCUCCUUCUCUUGCCUACACUGCGUCCCUGCAGAUGCAGAAGUUGUGGCGCAGCGGAACCUCCUGGUCGAAAAG